CACCACACCCCUUCUCUUUCUAUCCCGCCCCACCCCUCCCCUCUCCCACCAUGGGCUUACAAAACCACCUCAACGACGUGUCGUCCGACUCCAUCCCCUUGCUCCUCUUAGCAAUCAUCGCCAAAUCCAUCGAUCAUCUCCGCUCCUUCUUACUCUCCCUCUUCAAUUCCAUCGGCUUCUCCCGAUUAAUCAACUCGUCCUCGACUCAGUCUCAUCAACCCAUCGAUAAUCUGUUCGGUUCGUCGUCCGGCCUCGCCGGUCUCGUCGUGCUCUCCGAACAGCUGAAUUUCAACCGGAUUUUUUCUUACCGGUACAUUACUAAUCAUCGAGGCGGAGGCGCCGACGAGGGCUGUGUGGUGUGUUUGUGUAAGCUGAGAGACGGUGAUCAGGUACGGAAGCUUGAUUGCCGACACGUGUUUCAUAAGCACUGCUUUGAUGGCUGGCUUGAUCAUCUUAACUUUAAUUGCCCUCUCUGCCGGUGUCCGCUUGUUUCCGAUGAGCGCGUUGUCUCCACGCGCCAGCGUGUCGGGGCUGAUUUGGUCAAUUGGUUCUCCUCUGUCAGGUGAUGAUGGACGGUGAUGAUAUAUAGAUGCUUUUUGUGAUGACAUUUAUGGUUAUAUAUAUAUGUGUUGCUUAGGAUUUGUUUUUUAUUUUUUUUUUCUUUUUGAGAUUUUCCAUUUUUUUAAGAGCUCUCUCGAGAGUUCUUUUUUACUGCUUGUAAAUUGUUUUCCUAGAUUUAGUAUUUUUCUUGAGAGUUACCUCUGUACAAAGGCUAUUCAUAGUCUAUAUAAUUUACACUGCUUUUACAUUUUCUAA